AUGUCCUAUGACCAGCUUUCAUCGCUUGAAGCCGGCCGAUCGGGUCGUCAAGGCAACUAUUCCGACGACCCUGAAUUCAAGCAGCUCCAGUCACAGUUGAGGAAUAAGAUCUUCAAUCUGCGGCGCAACAUUCAACAGCUGACUUCCGACGUUAACAUUCUCGGCACGAAGCGCGAUACUGCCCGGGUUAGAGAAAGAGUUCACGACCAUCUCGAUAAGACGCGGGACCUCUGCAAGGAGAUUGGAGAUGGGGUCAAGAAGCUUCAGACGUGGGAUGAUUUGACGAAACAACAAAAGUAUGACCAGUCUAGAGUAUCGACAGACUUUCAGAACGCCCUCCAAGAGUUCCAAGACAUCCAACGCAAGGCACUCGAGAAACAGCGUGCUUCCGUCACAGCCGCCCGCGCGGCACAUGAUGGUGAUGCUGCGGAUUCCUCAGCUGGUGCUGAAGGCCACCUCGAGCAACAACAACAGCAGCAGCAACAGGAAGUCAUUCGAUUAGCAUCCCAGGACGAAGUGGAUUUCCAGGAGGCACUCAUCAUCGAGCGCGAGGAGGAGAUCCGCAACAUCGAGCAAGGCGUCGGCGAUCUAAACGUAUUAUUCAGGCAAGUGGCGCAGAUUGUGUCGGAGCAAGGCGAGCAAUUGACAUCAAUCGCGGACAAUGUGGAAGACGUCCGUGACGAUACCCGGGGCGCCCAGGUGGAGCUCAGACAAGCGGCAAGACAUCAGAAGGCAGCUCGCAACAAAGGAUGCUGUCUGUUGUUGAUUCUUUCAGUCAUUCUGACCAUUAUUCUCCUCGCAAUUUUCCUUGACUAG